UUUAUAUUGUGAUCAUUAUUUUAUUAAAAGGUCUUUGCUGGCCUAAACACUAUCACAAGCACUGACCUAGAUUCAAACCUAAAUACUAAUAUUUGUUCAAUGAAAUUGUUUUAAUUUAGUCCAAACAGUCUAUUCUCUUCAUUUCAUAGCAUUUCUCUCUGCUGCGUUUCUUCCAGUACAUGUAUGUGGAUGUUGGAUUGGUUUCGUCCAAUCAGGUUUCAGCCUCUAUGAGUUGCUAUUUCAUGUCUAAUCUGCAUAAGAGCCUUCAGAAUCAGUAGUGCUGGCCCAUUUAAUUAAAACUAUAUUAGCAAUAGGACUGCUUUUUUUAACCAAUCAGAUUUUCACAUUUGCCCUCCCUCGACGACGUCAGCAUUUUUCUGUCCUCUCGUUUGUUGGUUAGAGCAAAACUUGUUACAGCUAACUUCGACAACCAAAAUACGUCUGUAGCGAUCUGCACACAUUGAUGCAUUUAUUAAUCAGCAUCUCUGGUGACUGAUGGAUUUUGUUUUAUGUUUUUGUUUGUUGUCAUUAGAUAAAUAAGUGAACUCCCGUGAAUAGCGUGAUUGACGCACCCCUCAAAAUGUCUCUAUACUGCACUGUAUUUGCCUAUAGGUGCCACAAGAUGGUGGCAAAGGACUACUUUUGCCUAAAUGAAACUCCUCAACUCACCUCCAUUCCAAAAUGCCACCAGCUGUCGCCAAAGCAAUCCUGUUAUUGAGCGCAAAAACAGUAAAUAUCUGUGAGUCUGGCGCCUCGCCCGUGGUUGGCAUCGUGGGUCAGCACGUCACGCUGACAUGCACGUACGACGUCUUGAAACACGGGCGUCUGUCGGCCUGUUGGAGCCGGGGAUAUUUGCCGGUCCUGGGCUGCGGUAACCAGAUCAUCUCCACCAACGGGUCCAGCGUGAGGGCAAAAAGCAUAAGGUACAGCCUGCUGGGUCGCCUGGAGGCCGGGAACAUUUCGUUGACUAUCCUGGACGCGAAGAAGGAGGACGCCGGGCAGUACGGCUGCCGGGUGAUGGUCAAUGGUAUUUUCAAUGAUGAGAAAUAUUACAUCAAGCUGAUCAUAAAGGACGCUCCUCAAACCACCACUUUAAAGACAGACAUGUCUACGGACCGCGUUGCCGCCGGCAGCACAGCAGCUCAGAUGACCUCCUCUGUAGGCCUCCAAACUUCCUCCUCAAGCAACAUCAAAACUGAAAAUGAGCAUGGCAGCGUCCCAACGUCUAUGGUUGUGAUGGGCGUUCUCUUUGGGCUCAUCCUCUUCGUCACGAUCGCUAUCGCCAUCGGCGCCAUCAAUGCUCCUCAAUCAGUGUGCAAAUGGAGCAGAUGCUACUCUGCCAUGAGUGGCCAGUAUAUGCAAACUGUCCUUUUCAAAUCUGCAGUAGAAGGUAAACGACGGCGGCGACUCACCAAAAUUCAUCAGCAGCAACCGUCUGUCCCUUCGGUGCGCUUCAGCUCCUUGUCGUCGCCUCUGCACCUCCAGCACCAAGCUGCAGUCGUGGAGAACAUCUACCAGAUGGCGGGAGACGAAUACGACUAUUUACCCUGACGCAUUCCGCGGCCUCGCCAUUACCGCCACGGGUCGUCCUGGUUCGACUGACAGGGUUCAUCAAAACAUUUCAUUUCAUUUUUUUAAAAAGCAACUGUUGCACGGAACUCCAGUUUUUACACCUCCCACACACUUUAAAGAGAUUGAAACGCAUUAAAACAUUUUUUUUUUUUAAUACAGUGUUAAUAUAUUUGAACACAGAAAAAAAAUAAUUACAAGCAAAUGUAUAAAAUGUAUAGAAAAUACUCUCCACAUUGAAGAGUCUGUUUACUGGACAUGCAUGUCCCUUUUAGAGGCGGGGCCUGGUGGGAUGGCAUGUGAUGUCGGCUUGUCUGUGUUUAUGUUUCUCCUGGUGUUUAAUAAAUUGCUGUAAGGUUCGCCAACAACUAUUAUUUUUUCAUGUUUUUGUUUUGUUUUAUAUUACAAAUGUUAUACAUUUUCCCCCAAACAUUUAUUUUUUAUUUUAAAUAAUCAUAAGUAUUACGCAAGUAUUUUUUUAUCGCAUUU